GGCAGAGUGCAUGUGUGGUCGAAAUAUUUUUGAUUUAUAAUUUAUUUCGUAUAUAUUAAACAAGUUACAGGUUGCAGUAGCCAAUAAAGUACAUUCACAAUGGGGAUGUUUAGCAUGAUGUCAAAUAAAAAGAAAACUAAACUUUCACGGAGCAAUAACAAGAUGAAACGUAUGAAGCGUGCGCAACAGAAGAUUCGUGAGGGUGUUGUAGAAGGAGAGAUCGUUGAUGCUGGUCUUAUCACAGUGCAUCAUCUGAGAAAGCGCAGGACCAACCCAAAGGCCAACAUCCAACUGUCUGGCAAAAAGAAAAAUAAGCUUAAGAAACAAUUGUUGAGAAUGCAGAAAGAGAAGAAUGCAAUGGAAAUCACUGCAGAAGAUACAUCAGUUGCAGAAUCAGAAUCUACCGAGAGUAAAGCAAACACUAAACAAACUAAAAAGACGCCAGAUGUCAGUACUGUCAUAGCAACACAGAGUUUAACAAAUUCAAAAAACAAAAAGUCAAAAAAGACUAAAGCUAAUCACGACAGCAUGGAAGUAGAUAGUUAACUCAUCAUAUCUUUUUGGAUUGUGGUUUAAUAAUGGAACAGACCUUUCCAGAAAAUCUUGAUAUCUUUUGAUGACCCAACAAAACUAGUCUCUGAUGUCAUACUUUGCUGUAAACAAAAUUGAAAAACAGAAAUUAGCAAUAAGUUAAGCCUAUAUCUGCUCUAAACUGUAAUAAUAACAUCAAAACCACUUGGAUGACAUGGUUUACUGGAUUGGUCUAUUGAUCUUUAGUAUAAUCUUACAUCAAAUCUCAGGUCUGUAUUUCCCCUUUACGAUACACCGAUCUAUGGUGGCUUUAGAAAAGGACAUUUAGCAGGGGUUUCACUAGAAUUUCUAAACACAUGCUAAACAUGAAAACUGGUAAAAUUAAGGGUAAUCAUAAAUGUAACAUGGAAAAGUUGACAAGUCCCUAAAAACAAAAGCCAAUUUUGUGAAAACAGCUGGUGAAAAUCACCUGUUGCCCGCUGCAAAUGAAACCCCU